UCAUGAAACUCUCACGAUUUGCAUUGGCAACGUUUCUGUUGGUGGAGGGCCUCUCGAUGUGCAAUGGUAACAGUCCCUGCUCAUCCAAAUGCCCUGGUGUACGAACAACAGUAACAACGAAAGAUGAAUUGCAAAACUCUAUAGAAGACUUGAGUUCUGAGCUUAAAUGGCUGGAUAUAGAAUGUCUUGAUGUCGGACAGAUUGAGAACAUGGAGGGGCUAUUUGGUAUUCUUGGUGAGCGCCUUCCAAGCCUAGACUUGCGUUGCUGGGAUGUGUCCCGUGUGACCACAAUGAAGGAAAUGUUUCAUGGAGCCACGUUUUUCAACGGAAGAGUUGAGGAUUGGAUCACCUCAAAGGUGGAGGACAUGUCUUCUAUGUUUUCUGGAGCCACGGAAUUCAACCGAGACCUUUAUGAUUGGGACACCUCAAAGGUGGCGAACAUGUCUUCUAUGUUUUCUGGAGCCACUAACUUCUACGGAUACUACAUUACUAAGUGGAACACCGCAAACGUGGAGGACAUGUCUUCUAUGUUUUCUGGAGCCACGAGCGUCAACAUAGACCUGUACUGGAACACCGCAAAGGUGACGGACAUGUCUUCAAUGUUUUCUGGAGCCACUAAGUUCAACGGAUGGCUUAGUACGGACGAUGGUUGGAACACCUCAAAGGUGUUGGACAUGUCUUCUAUGUUUUCUGAAUCCCCUUACGACGGAUGGAGGAUGAAAUGGGACACCUCAUCGGUGACGGACAUGUCUUCUAUGUUUUAUGGAAACACUAUCUUCAACACAGACGCGGGUCAUUGGAACACCUCAUCGGUGAAGGACAUGUCUUCUAUGUUUUCUGGAGCCACAAAAUUCAACUAUGGACUGGAUUCUUGGAACACCUCAUCGGUGACGGACAUGUCUUCUAUGUUUUAUGGAGCCACGAGCUUCAACUAUGGACUGGAUUGGAACACCUCAUCGGUGAAGGACGUGUCUUCUAUGUUUUCUGGAGCCACGGAAUUCAACGGAGACAUUGAGUAUUGGGACGUCUCAUCGGUGACGGACAUGUCUUCGAUGUUUUCUGGAGCCACGGAAUUCAACGGGAGCAUUGAUGAUUGGGACGUCUCAUCGGUGACGGACAUGUCUUCGAUGUUUUCUGGAGCCACGGAAUUCAACUAUAACCUGGAUUGGGACGUCUCAUCGGUGAAGGACAUGUCUUCUAUGUUUUCUGGAGCCACGAAAUUCAACGGGAGAGACAUUGAUGAUUGGGACACCGCAGAGGUGACGGACAUGUCUUCUAUGUUUUCCGGAGCCACGGAAUUCAGCGUAGACAUUGAUGAUUGGGACACCUCAAAGCUGACGUCCAUGGCUUCUAUGUUUGUUGGAGCCACUCAAGUGAAUUUAGAUUCCUCCUCCAGCAGCAAAUGGGGAAGUGGGGCAUUCGAAUCCCCAGAAAAGUUCGACAAAUUUGAGCUUAGGAACCACAAAUUGGUAGGCGUGGACAAGAACGUUCACAUACCUUCCUUCAGCGAAAGCSCUCUCAAAGCGUUCGUUCUUUUCGAGUAUCUUCGAAAACCAGACGRUUCGGGAUUGGACUACGAAUUAAAAUGGGACUUGCAAAUAGGAAACUGUAAUGAUGCAUCAUCCACGGYAGGAGCGGAAAUACCGCAGGAUAAUCUUUCCAGCAUUUGGCAAGUUGAUGAUGGAGUCAAGAAAGUUUAUUAUGCAACAGAACAAUCGUCAGGAGAAGAAAUUAUGUUGAGGCCAAACGCCGCCAAGGCAGGUGUUCAGGUUGGUGAGUGGUAUAAUCUAUGCAUGCCAACGGUUUUCAAGCCAGCAAAGUCUUCUCGUUAUCUAACUCUCUCCCUCUCUYGUGCUGCUUAUUGAUGACAUUCAGGAAAAGUCCCUUUCGAGUUGGUUGAAUCUGGUCCACAUUGUACGUAACUAUAUUGUGAUUUUUGAACGCUCGAUCUAUACAUUCUGGUGGGUAGCUGAUUGUCUUGUUUUUGCUUCUUUUUGUGCCAUGCAGGUCUCAGAAUUUUCUACCAGCAUUUUGGUACCGUGGUCUCUCAUCUUCAUUACGAGAUAACUGUGACAAAAGAAGGAAAAUUCACUGGUGUCACAGUUGACGUUGACAGCUCAAGUGCUUCCGUAGAUGCGGAGGUGAAGGAAGAGGAGGAUGUUACAGCAACUGUGUGCGGAGGUCCGACCAUUUUCAAGGUUGGUCAAGAGUUUAGCGUCUGCGUGGGAACUCCAGGUAAUGACUGCAAGAAUGGUGCAUCCGAGAAAAAACUUUUUGAUGAAGCCGGUGAAAUUGUAGACCUGCUGACCAGCUUUGAUCUCGAAGCCAAGAAAUUCACCAGCGUUGUCACCACAGGAUUGGUUGAGGGCAACAACAAUCAGUUUGAAUGCACGGGUCGUGUGGUACUCCAGAGGGCACGCGUACGCCGUGAUCUCCAGGCCUCAGAGGAGAACGCAGAGGAUCUCUUUUCUGUGCAGAUUCCCAUCGCUGCUUGGUCCGAUGGUGUGGAUGCUGGUGUGGAUGCGCUGGGGAUCGCCGCACCUGGUGUUGCUGUAGGACCCUUGGCCGUUGGAACCGCUGGAGCCAUUGCUUUUGCUGCCGCAUUGUUGUAAGACUGAAUAAAGAUAUGAGAGUUAA